AUGGAACAAUGCCUCCGCAUCCCCUUGCAUGAAUCAUCACCGCCAUUGGAUCUCGCUCAAGGUGGCUUUAGACCUCAACGUAGUGCAAUGGAUCAAGCUCUAUGCUUACAUGAACUUGCCCAACGGCACCGUAUCAUCAACAACAACCGCAACCCCAUCCUUGUUUUCCUGGACAUUAAGAGUGCCUACGAUACCGUUGAUCGCAAUAUUAUUUGGCGUGAACUGGAAACUCGUGCAUCUUAUCCUUUACUUGGUCUCCUCCGCAGCUUGUUUGAUGAUGUCUCUAUUCAAGUCUUGCUCUCUGGUGCUACCUCAGAUUCCUUUCAUCCUGCUACUGGUGUCCUUCCAAGGCUCCAUUCUCUCUCCACAUUUAUAUCCGUUAUACAUCAAUUCGCUCCCCAAUGCCCUCCGUAA